CAAAGCUAAUGGGUUCAUCAUCCAAGAGAUGCCUUGGCGCAAUCCUCAUUGCAUCUUUCUACUUCUCAGCCUCCCUUGCCUUCUUCCCUGCUCACCAUGAGGGUGAGGGUGCCCAUCCAACUGGACACAGUCCAAAGCCAAGCCUUUCUCCACAUUUCUACAGGUCCACAUGCCCGCAAGCUGAUGAGAUUGUAGUCUCCGUCCUGAAGAAGGCGAUCACCAAGGAACCGCGCAUCGCCGCGUCCCUUCUCAGGCUCCUUUUCCACGACUGCUUUGUUCAGGGUUGCGAUGCAUCAGUUCUGCUUGAUGACAGCAAGGCAGUGGCAAGCGAGAAAAACGCUCUUCCCAACAAGAAUUCUAUUAGAGGAUUUGAAGUCAUAGAUGAGAUUAAAGCGGCACUAGAAGAAGCAUGCCCACACACAGUCUCUUGUGCUGAUACUAUUGCCCUAGCUGCCAGAGGUUCAACAGUAUUGAGUGGUGGGCCAUACUGGGAACUCCCACUGGGAAGGAGGGAUUCAAAGACAGCAUAUAUGAAGCUAGCAAAUAAGAACCUGCCUCCACCCAAUGCAACACUACAUCGUCUUGUAAAAUUCUUCGGAAGGCAAGGACUGGAUAAAACGGACCUUGUAGCACUAUCAGGUAGCCACACCAUUGGAAUGGCCAGAUGUGUUAGUUUCAAACAACGGCUCUACAAUCAGCAUAGAGAUAACAAACCGGACAUGACACUGGAGAAAAGGUUCUAUCACAAACUGGCAUCAGUCUGCCCAUGCACCGGAGGUGAUAACAACAUCAGCCCGCUAGACUUUGCCAGCCCUCCGAAAUUCGACAACAGCUAUUACAAGUUGAUAGUGGAGGGAAGAGGUCUUCUUAAUUCAGAUCAGGUUUUGUGGACCGGAAAAGACCCAGAAAUAGCACACCUGGUCAAAAGUUACGCAGAAAAUGAGUCCUUGUUCUUUGAACACUACAUGAACUCGAUAAUCAAGAUGGGGAACACAAAUCCCCUCUUGGGUUCUGACGGAGAAAUCCGUAUGAACUGCCGCAGGGUUAAUCAUGUUCGCUAGUCAACAAGUUCCAUGGGUUCCUUUGCUUGUGAUUUCCACGGUUUGUCAUUUAAAUGUCAUCCUGCUAAUGUUUGGUGACAUAGUUUGAAAUGUGGCCUCAGAUUGAUUUUUCAUUCAGAAAUGUAAUUUUAUUCCUUUCAAUGAAAGAUAUCUCGUCUUCUUUUGCUCUGAAACAUUUGGUUUAUUUCGAUGGAAGAUGCAAAGACGAAAACUCGGAGAGCUGAUUUCAGAUGCAGUUACAUAUAUACAAGAAAAA